AGAAGAAGAAGAAGAAGAAGAAGAGGAGGAGGAGAAGGAAGAGGAGGAGGAGGAAGAAGAGGAAGAAGAGGAAGCAACUGAGUCUCCCACUAAUCAAACAGAAACUCAGUCCAACAUCACUGUCUUUGAAUGUCAGACUGACAACAGAGAAAUUAGCUGCAGGGGGGUCGGCAUGACCCACCUGCCCAUCUUCCAGGACCACGAGGCCACAAAACUGGACGUGUCAGAAAACAACAUCUCUUUCGUCGCGCCACAAACCUUUUUUGGCCUGCCCAACUUGGACACACUGGACCUGAGUCAGAACAAACUGGAUGAUGAGUCGUUCAGCCAAAACCCUUUGUUUAACUUGACCUCAUUGAAGAAACUCAACCUAGACGACAACCAGAUCAGCAGGAUUCCUGCGUUGCCUCCAUCUCUGGAGGAGCUCAGGAUCAACAACAACAACCAACUCAGGACUCUGACCCACCACUCCUUUAAAGGUCUGGUGAACCUGCUGAAACUUGAGCUGAAGAAGAAUACUCUUCGUGAAGCCAGUGUGUCACCUUUGGCUUUCAGACCUCUGCAGAAGCUUCUGGACCUGCAGCUGGACAACAACCACUUCCGUUUUCUCCCGCCGAGGCUUCCUGCUUCUCUUCAGAAGCUCAAACUAAGUGAAAACCGUAUUGAGGAGGUGAGAGAAGAACCUCUGAGGGGCUGCAGAAACCUGAGAGUUCUGGACCUGAGUCACAACCACAUCUACGAGCAACGCAUCGCUACCAACGCCUGGAUCCAUCUGAAAUCUCUGGAAGACUUGGAUUUUUCCUACAACCGCUUUAGUUCUGUGCCUGUAAAUCUGCCCCGCAGCCUCUUAAAACUGACCCUCCAACACAACCACAUCAGCCACAUCUAUGCCUUCACCUUUCGCCACAUGCGGCCCGGCCUGCAGUCCCUCUGUCUGUCCCACAACGGAUUGAGCGUCGAGGGCUUGGACAGAGUUGCUUUCGUUGGGACCUACCGCUCGCUCAGAGAGCUCCGUCUGGACAACAACAACCUGGAGGAGAUCCCUCGAUGUGUGCGGCAGUUCAAGAACCUGCAGGCCUUGAGGCUGGACGGCAAUCAYAUCAGGGAGGUCAGGCGAUGGGGAGUGUGUCACCCUCGUAAUUCCGGCUCCACCUUGGCUUCAGUCCACCUGGAAAACAAUCUCCUGGAGGUGGACACCAUUCCCCCGGAUGCUUUCUCCUGCGUUACUGACGCUCAGGGGCUGGUCCUCCAUCCACAGCAGGACUCUCACACGAACCACUGAGCUCAUCCAAGUGCCAAACAGCUGCGCCAUUUUCUGUCAUUUGUGCUGCUUUUUUUAACCCACCGAAAUCAGAUAGUUUGCAGAAAUAUAAUUUUAUCAUGUAGCUCCUUCAGUCAGUCAGCGCUCCCCACACCCCACCCUCCUUUGAGUAGGGAACUGUAAUAUUCUGAUAUGMAAUAAAACAUGCAAUUUAAAAUGAUCGAAGUCAUUAUUAUAUCUUUUAGGACGCAUAAAGAUAAACGUGUUGCUUUGAAAUCUGGAUGUGCGCAAAACACAGGCUUUUACUCUGUCUUCUCAUUGAGCUAUGGGACGCUUUGGGAGUUUUACGACUGAAGCGGAUUAACGUGCAUUCCGUGUAAUUCUCAGGYUCACGCAGGAGGAGCCUUUAAUCAGGUCGAUAUAAAGUUUGGGUGUGACAAAGAUAUGCAUGUAAUCUUAAGCUCUGAAGUYGGGAGAAAACGUCUGGUGACGCAGUGUAGCUAGAAGGCCCACGAGGAGGAAGAGGAGGAGGAGGAACAUCAACAUCACAUUGCGUCUGUAAAUCCAGGGCAGCUCCAACAUAAACAUCCAAAACUCGGGGGUCACGCUGACUGUGAAGGAACCCUCGGUCAAAGCCUCUAAACAUGUACAGAUUACGUCAGCCACUGUAAGAUUGUAACUGGGGUGAGAGUAUGUAGGGAUUAGAAGAGCGGUGCUGCCRAUUGCAGUGUUUGGCCUCACAGUGGAGGAAAUGAGAAAAAGGUGAGGAUCAUGUUCAGGCAGAGUGGAAGUGAAGGACAAACAAGCUGAUGUUUAAGUACAACAAUUCGGUCAUUGUUCUGCAAAUGUCUUUCGGMUGAACGAAGAAAAUGAGGCAAGAUUAUAUCUAGACAUGGCCAGAAAGAAGAAGAAGAAGGAGGAGUUAAAGCAAAAGAAAGUAGGCAAAAGGGAGGAGGGCAGAGAGUUUGUUUUUCCCAUGUGGAAAUGAAAGCCACCUGCGCUCUCAUGGCCCGCUAACCUUAUUCACAAGAUUAAUUCCCAGAUCGUAAUGUUCUCUGUCCUCGUUCCCUCUCUGUGCGUUUUUACUCCACACAUAUGUCACUGUUCAGCUUUCCUGCCAUUGGUCCCCCACCCUCAUCCCUCACAUGCACCACCUGCCUGAGGAGAGGGAUGAUCUCAGUUGAGUCAAGCAUGCUUUAGGCUUCAGGUGAGUCUGACCUGAGCUGAGGCAGAAAUCUGGGACGAGAACAACCCMAAAAAAUGUACAAAUGUCAUCACAUAACAUGAACUGAAGUUGACAAGACAGGGGUGUUCUGGUUCUUUAACACUCCUUCAUAAUAAACAUUAUUGUUUGCUGCUA